AUGCAUAAAAAAAGAUGCAGUGUGGAAGAGACGAGGUUAGACGGAGAUUCGAACAUCGAGACGUGUACAACCCGAAAGCCCUCUUUUAAUUUCUUGCCUGCUUGUUUAUUUGGUUUUUUUUUUCUUUCUUUCGUGUUUCUCUUUCCUUUUUUUCUUUUUUUUCUUUCAUUUCUCAUUUCUAUCCUUUUCUUUCUUUUCUUUUUUGCUAUUUUUCAUUUUUUUUUUUUUUUUGAUAUUUUCUUUCCGUCUUUUUUUUUGUUUUUCUCUUUUCUUUCCCCCCUUUUCUGGUUUAUUCUUUCUUUCUUUUUCUAUUUCUUUUUUUUCAUUUUUUUCUCUUAUUUUUUCCCUUUAACAUCACUAUUAUUUCUUUCCUUUUCUUUUGUCCAUUUCUCUUUUUACUUUGCUUAUUUUUAUCUCAACUCCUCUCUCUCUCUCUGCCUCACUCUUUCUCUCUGUCUCUCCUUUGGCUCUUUUUCUUUCUCUUCUCCCUUUAAAAUUUUUCAUUCUCUCUUCUCUUACUUUUCUUUUUCUUUUACUUCUCUCUUUUCUUUAUUUCUUUUUGCUUUCUUCCAUUUCUCUCUUCUCUUUACACUUUUCUUUCAUUCAUUUCACUCCUUUUUUUUUCCAUUUCUUUCUUCUCUCUUUUUUUUCUUCUUUCUUUUUUCGCCUCUUUCUUUUUUCUCGCUUCUCUUUUUCUUUCCUCCAUUUCCCUCUUGUCUCUUCUCUCUUUCCCACUUUCUUUCUUUCUCCGCUUCAAUAAGAAGUUUACGAACAAACACGUCAUGA